GCGUUUCAUUAGAGUUUGAGCCGCGAAGCCGUUAACAUCGUUUGGUCGCAUUGCAAGUAACUGCCGACAGGUGUCGCCGCCGCGUGUGUGUGAAAAUUAACGCCCGAAAAACAAAUUUGAAUUCCCAAAUAAAAGAAAUAAUUGCGUUAACGGUGCAAAUAAAAUUAUAAGUUCAACGCAAAUUUCGAAUGUGGUUUGUGGUCUAGUCAACUGUGUGCGGUGUGCUACUAAAAAUAGAAAUUAAAUAUUUUGAACAAUAAUUGAAGUGUAAGAUGCCCAUCAAAGACGUUUUACAACGGUGUCAACCGAUGCCACUCUAUGUGGUAUUGGUAUUAUCCGUGUGCUAUUUAAUCAUCCAGCUGGUCUUCAGCCAUUUGACGCAUGCUCUCACUCUCCUAAUGGCUUCCUAUCACAUGUUGUGCAACAUUUUGGCACUCUCCGGUUGCAUAUUAACAAUUAAGGCAAUUUCACUGCCAGCGGCGCCCAUACAAAACAACAGUGUGUCUGAGGACAAGAUCACCGUGGUGCUCACAGUAAGCGAAGCGGAGGAACAGCAGAAGCUGGCGAAGCGCGAGUCCCGGGAGCAGAAGCUACGCAAUACCUUUGGCUGGGCACGCAUCGAUAUUCUAACCAUGCUGAUUGUGUUCAUCAUCUUGGCCUCGCUGUCCUUUUCGCUUGUUGUUGAGGCACUGCAGACGCUUGUCCACAUCGAUCAUCAAGAUACCAUGCACUUGCCCAUACCCGUGAUGAUGUUGGGCUUUGUUGGUCUCAUUCUCAAUGGCCUGACUUAUUUGCUGAUCGGUGGCUAUACGUUGCAUCAGGGCAGUUUUCUGCACCUGACACCUGGUGGCAAUGUUGUGCUGGAGCGUUCCAUGUCCAGCCAUUCGGAUUUGGCUCUGAAGGCCACAGAUCGUUCAUUGAGCAAAUCUCGCAAUGAUCGUCAGCUGCGCCAGGAACUUGAAGCCGAGGGCGGCAACGUUUAUUUUGCCACUCGGAGGCAAGGCGCUGUCGAGAUGCUGCGCGAUGUGUCCAGCACAUUGUUUGUAAUUGUGUGUGCGGCCAUUGUUUAUGUGGCCGAGGAUGAGGAACAUACGGCAAAGUUUAUAGAUCCAGUUUUGUCUAUAUUCUCAUGUGUGUUGCUGGUGACCUUGAGCUAUCCUUACAUGAAAGAAUCCUGCCUCAUUCUGCUGCAAACGAUACCCGGCUCCAUUGAUUUGGAAAUCUUUGAACGCACUCUGGUUAGCAAAUUCCCGGAAAUCAUUAGCUAUCACGAUCUACACAUCUGGCAGCUGGCAGCGCAUAGCUAUGUGGCCACCAUACACAUUCAGUUCCAGAACCCCAAGCUCUACCUGAAGAUUAUUGAGCAGGUGCGAGGCUAUUUCCACGAACAGGGCAUCACAGAAGUCACCAUACAACCAGAGUUCUAUCCGGCAACGAAUAAAAAUGCAUCCGCUUCGCUGGAGUGUCUGAUGCAGUGCCAAGCAGCUGAAUGCGCCGAGAAGGUUUGCUGUCGCGACUCUCGCUCCGAUUUGCGUGAGGUCAGCGAUAGUCCGAUGCCAACGCAGUCAAAGACCAAAUUCUGCGCUGAGCUGAGCGCAAUUGUUGUGGAGAAACCCAAAGAAUUAAGUGUAUCACAGUUGCUAAAGAAAACGCAGAAUGAUCCCAUCAAGGAAGAGUCCUCAUCGCUGCCUGUGUCGCCGUCCAGCGUCUCGCUGCCCGCCUCAGCGAUUCCUGCAACAACAACUGAGGACAAAAGCUGUUGAAUUGUCCACAGCUUUAAAGUCAUCUCCAGCCAGCUUAGUAUUAAGGCAGCGAUUCUACGAUUUUAGCUAGAACAUAAGUUAUACUUUAACACAACUAAUUACUGCAUUUAUGCUAUGCAAUGCUGAAUUUAUAUUUGCAACUUAAAAAGCAUCAAAAUUGCUUUGUUAUAGCAUCAUUGCAGUAUUUUGCCAUACAAAUUGGGAGCUAACAUUUUUUGAAUGAGACGCUUAACUAGUUUUUAAUGCGUGUUUAUUUUUUAAGAUAUGUAUGUCCAUAAAAUAAGUAAAACACAAAUAAAUGUUACAUUUAAGUUCAA